AUGGACAGAUUUGAAAAUAGAACAGUGAAUUGGAUUGCCCAACGUGGCUCGGGCUAUUGCAAGUUUGGUUGGAGCAAAUAUGCUUCUCCAUCUGGGCGAUCAGCAGCAUUUUUGGAAUUUGGUAACAUCGAGUCUCCAAUGCAUUCUAAGCUUCGUCAUUUUUAUGCGACAAUCUGUAGCAGAAUGCAGGUGAAGCCCUCAAUGCAGCCAGUUGUUGUUUCCAUCCCAGUCAGCCAUUAUGAUGACACUGAAUCUGCCAAAGCAGCGAGAAAGCAACUGAAAACAGCCAUUUAUUCAGUCCUGUUUGAAAUGGAUGUUCCUGCUGUUUGUGCCAUCAAUCAAGCAAGUCUAGCUCUAUAUGCUGCAAGGCGAACAUCAGGCAUUGUUGUAAAUAUUGGUUUCCAUGCAACAUCUGUUGUUCCAAUUUUACGAGGUAAAGUGAUGCGUGAAGUGGGUGUAGAAGUUUUGGGACAGGGAGCACGAAAACUUACAGGGUUCCUUAAGGAUCUGAUGCAACAGAAGAACAUGAAUUUUGGGUCAUUAUUCACUGUCCGCACAUUAAAAGAGAACCUCUGCUAUGUUGCUGCUGAUUAUGAAGCAGAGCUUUCUAAAGAUACAGAGGCCUCAUUCGAAGUUUCUGGAGAAGGAUGGUUUACCCUCUCAAAGGAGCGCUUUCAAACCGGGGAGAUAUUAUUCCAACCACUUAUGGGGGGAAUUCAUACGAUGGGCUUGCAUCAGGCAGUAGCUCUCUGCAUGGACCACUGUCAAGCUGCAGAAGUAAUGGGUGAUGAUGGAUGGUUCAAGACUGUAGUAUUGGCUGGUGGGAGUGCAUGUUUACCAGGACUGCCAGAGAGGUUGGAGAAGGAGCUGCGUAAAAUUCUUCCUGUGGCCAUGUCCAAUGGAAUCAGAGUUAUUCCGCCCCCUUAUGGUACUGACUCUGCAUGGUUCGGGGCGAAGCUUAUCAGCAAUAUGAGCACCUUCAAUGAGACAUGGUGCAUGACAAAGAAGCAAUUCCACCAGAAGUAUGGACGCAGCCGAAUAAGCUAUUGGUAAAUGUAAACCAUACAUUUUUACUGUCCAGCUGGAGCCUUUAAUACCAUAGUCAUCUUUUGGAAGGAGUGACAAUUCUUCUGAUAAUUCUGUGUACACUAAACAUCUGGCUGGAGACUCCGAGGCAUGAUGAGUAGUCAUGAUUUUGGAAUAAAAUUUCCCUCUUCUUCUGUCAUUCUAUAUUCUAUCCAUCUCAUGCUAUUGAAUGUAAAUUAUUUCACAUUAUAAUGUUAAGAUGUGGCUUGCUAAUAUUUGGACUUUACACAUAUUUCUAACAUUCUAAUACUGUUUCAUUUA